AUGUACAGGCGCAGCUACGUCUUCCAGACCCUCAAGGAGCAGUACAAGCGCUCCGAGGAGACGCCGAGCUCCUCGAAGCCGGAUGGCCUGUCCGCGAGCGCAGGCGCGGCGCAGAGCCUGGCGGCGGUGCAGGGGCUCGGCCAGCGCGUGGCCGCCUACGUGCAGCGGGCCCGCGCACUCGAGCAGCGCCACGCCGUCCUCCGCCGGCAGCUGGACGCCUUCCGGUGCCUGGGCAACCUGCCCGACCCGGAGGAGGCCCUCGCCCGGCAAGUUGAGGGUAGCCGCCAGCGCGUCCGGGACCUGGCGGCGGAGCGCGCGCGGCUCGAGCGCCAGGGCGCAGAGGCGCAGCGCGCGCUCGACGAGUUUCGGAGCAAGUAUGAAAACGAGUGUGAAUGUCAACUGCUGCUAAAAGAAAUGCUUGAACGGCUUAACAAGGAAGCAGAUGAAGCCUUACUGUAUAACCUUGGCCUUCAAAUCGAAGCCCAGUUUCUGCAGGACGAUAUCAGUGCAGCAAAGGACAGGUACAAAAAGAAUCUUCUGGAAAUUCAGACCUACGUCAGCAUCCUGCAGCAGAUCGUACAGAUGACUCCUCAAGCAUCUACCAUUCUAGGUGGAACGGCUGAGGAGGAGCUCCUGACAGAACAGAAAGUUGCUGCCCUGCAGAGCCAGCUGGAGGAGAGCCAGGCCACCCUCUCCCACCUGCAGACGCAGAGGUCCAGGCUGCAGGCUGAGACAGCGGACCUGGAACAAGCUAUUAAAGAUGCUCAAGAGUGUUACGACGGUGAGAUCCAGCUUUACAAUGAACAGAUUGAAGGCCUGCGGAAGGAGAUUGAGGAGACCGAGAGGGUCCUGGAGAAGUCUUCCUAUGACUGCCGGCAGCUGGCAGUCGCCCAGCACACCCUGAAGAACGAGCUGGACCGGUAUCAACGCAUCAUCGAGAGUGAAGGCAACAGGCUCAACUCCGCCUUCAUGGAGACUCCCGUCACCCUCUUCAUCCAGUGCCCCAGAACCUCUCUCAGCCCUAGUCUCAGCGGGACAGAUCUCACCAGGGCUGUGCAGGAUAUAACAACAGCAAAACCAAGACAGAAAGGCCUCCCCAAGAAUGUUCCAAGGAGAAAGGAGAUUAUAGCUAAAGACAGAGGAGAUGAAACUCUGGAAGACAUACCGUUCCGUGGUCUGGAAGACACCAAGCAGGUGCAGGUGGUACUUCAGGAGGAAGGCGAAUUGAAGCUUGAAUCUGGGGCUGAGAAAGGAAGUCCCUCAAUACAAGAAGGGGCUCCAGAGGAUGUGCCUGACGGAGGGCAGAUAAGCAGAGCCUUCGGAAAACUAUCCAGGAUGGUCAAGGAGAGGAUGAGAAGCCCCAAAGAGCCCGAGCCCCCAGCUGACCUCUAUACCAAAGGGCGCUAUGUGCUGGUCACAGGGGAUGCCAGUCAUGUGGACCCCGGGUUCUGUCCCUCCUCUAUCCCGGCCAAAGGUGGGGUGAUUGUUUCCACCGAGGAAGACUCUGUGUCUCAUGACAGCCCUGUGGAGCCUACUCCUGAGCAGCCCCAGCCCCCUUUGGAGAAUGGACAGGGGGUUCCCCAGGAGCAGAAAGAUGGGCAGCCCGCCAACCAGCACACCACAGACGAGGAGGAGAUGAAUGCCAAAGAGCUGAAAGGGCCCGAGGAGAAGCAUGAUGACCAGAAGGAGGGUGAGGUGACUGAGAGGCCCUAUCCUGUGGUCAUUCCAGAGGGACCGUCUACACCCCAGUCUCAAAAGCCUGAGGCCAACCAGGAUAACUCUGAGGGGCAUGGGGCUAGGAGCAGUGACCUGAUGGGAAAAAGCCCUCCCAAGGCCUUGGCAUAUGAGAAGGUGGAAGUGGUGGAAUCCAUUGAGGAGUUUUCAACUGAGAGUAUUCAGAUGUAUGAAGAAACCACCAUAAUUGUGGAGACCAUUGGAAAGCCAAAGGGAAACAAGCACCUGGAAGAGAAAGGCUCUUGAAAUGCCCAGGCUCAAGUGGAGAAAAUGUCUUUGGGAUGGGGAAGUGCUUUGAUUUUUUAG